AGCCGCCGAACGGUCGAAAGCGCAUACCAUCCCAUAAUUCGGUGCGCCGCCCCGCAAUCAGGUUCGUGUACGUUCUCUUCAUAUAUAUUUCAUACAAUAUAUAUACAUAUAUAUUUGAGCAUCAUACUCAUUUAAUUAUGCCUGUGAAUCCUUGUAAAAAACAAAGAUCUCAGGCGGCGGCGGAAGAUUUUCGUCAAGACUGAGAAGAAAAAAAUUUAUGUUUCGAUUUAUAAAUUUAUUAUUUUAAAAGUAUAUUUUUAAAAACUCGUUAAAAGACAUUUUUUUUACAAGACUUAGACAUGACUGUUUCCUUUUACUAAUUCAGCAAGUGAUUAAAUGCGUAGAAAGUGAUUAGAGUGAAGAGCAAAAAAAAAUACAAGAAAAAAAAAAAAUAAAAAAAUUUACUGAGUAAACGGAGUAAAAAAAAAGUAUAUACGUAAAUAAAAUAAAUAAAAAAAGUAAAAAAAGUGGUAUUUGUAGUUGAAGUGAGGUGCCAGUGCGCUUACAAUAGCACCUUUGGUACCCUCGGCCGUGGGUCCCGAGGGGGUGGACGCCAUGGCGGCCUCUUCGUCGUCCUCAAACAGCGAGCAACAGUAUUCGCUCAGAUGGAAUGACUUCCAUUCGAGCAUACUCAGCUCAUUUCGUCAUUUACGAGAUGAGGAGGAUUUUGUUGACGUUACACUCGCCUGCGAUAGCAACAGUUUCACAGCACACAAAGUCGUAUUAUCUGCCUGCAGUCCUUACUUCCGAAGGCUUUUAAAGGCAAAUCCAUGUCAGCAUCCAAUAGUAAUACUCAGGGACGUCGCCUCGUCAGACAUGGAGUCAUUGUUAAGGUUCAUGUAUCACGGAGAAGUCCACGUAGGUCAGGAACAACUAGCGGCCUUUCUCAAAACCGCUCAGAUGCUUCAAGUAAGAGGACUCGCGGACGUAAAGAGCGGCACCGCAGGAGCUAAAAUUCCAUCUGGAUCCGACGUACGGGAUCACACGGAAUCACCGGUGACGUCGCGAAACACGUGGCAUGAACGAGGUGACCCGAGUGACAGCGGUCUAAGUCCGCCGCCAGAAAAAAGGUCCAAAAGUUAUUCACCUCCAGUGGGAAAUCAUCUCGAGCAACUAAAAGGCGGCGCUGCUGAUCUACAGGAAUCCCUAUUAGGACAGGCACUAGAAGGCGGACCCACGAUACACACACCCAAUAACGAUAUCAAGGCUCAAUCAACUGGCGAAGAUUCAAAUUCCGGGUCUGAUAAUGACGAAGAUAUGUCCAAUAACGACAGUAUUCUCAAUUCAGUCAAGGCCGAACCCAAUGACAUUCUCAAUGACUCGAUGGAACAUCACCGUAGCACAUUCCCCGCGGCGCUUUUGGGACUUCAAGGAUUAAUGCCUGGACCUUCCGGAAUCCACGCUGCGAAUCAGGAUCCAAACUACGGGCGUUGGCAGCCCUCGAGAGAAGACUGUAUGGACUCGAGUAGAGGCUCGUCAUCCUGGAUUCCUCCCGGCGGUGCUGGUACUGGUGCUGGUGCUGAUGGUGGUACUGGUGGUGGUGUUGCUGUCUCACGCAGUAGACGUAACCAAAGGACAUCAUUGGACAGUGACAAUGGGAUCCAACUCCGUCAGCUUCGUUACAACGAUAAACAGCAGCCGCAGCAGCAGCAGCAACAACAGCAACAACAGUUGUCUUCUGGUCAGCAACCGUCGAAUCCCAUGAAUAACAUCAGUCUCGACUCAGAGCUAUCGAUAAUCCAACACAAACUCCAAAACAAUCUCCAGAGUCUCCAGAUAACAACAUCAACAUCCAAGUAUUUAUCAACAUCUGACUUAUCUUAUCAGCAACAACAACAGCAGCAGCAGCACCAACAGCAGCAGCAGCAACACCAACUGAUGUCAUCAAAUAAUUCAACCGACUUGCAGGGAAAACCAAAGUGCCCGGAGUGUGGAAAAAUUUACUCAAACAAUUCAAAUCUAAAACAGCACAUUGUUAAUGUCCAUACCGUGCAAACGGAAUAUAUAUCGUGCCACGUAUGCCAAAAACAGUUUAAAACAAAGCAAUAUUUACAAAUUCAUUUAUUGUCGAUGCACGGAAUAAGAAAGAGAAAUAGAUAUCCGGUGUAUCAAGGACCGGACGGUACGCAAGCGCUUAAUUCCUUGCUCAACUCAUCAAGUGCGCAGAUUCAUUCACCGCACCAGCAGUACGGCAAUGAGAAUGGCUGAGCGAUAAAUGAUAAUUAAUAUUUUAAAUGAACCAGGGAAAGAAAAGAACGUUAUUUUUUUAAGUAUUUUUCAAAUCUUCCACUAGACUUUUUAUUUAAAGUUACACUUUUUUUACUAGUAUUUUUUUAUUAAAGAUUAUUUUCUUCCAUGUAUAGUUAGAGUUAAGGAUCAUUUUUUGAUGAAUUUAUCUUACAAUAGAGUCUAAUUUUUAAGCUAUAUAUAUAAAUAUAUAUAUAUAUAAAUAUAUAUGAAGGAAUGUGAAAAAAAAUCACAAAAAAAAAUUGGUAGCUGUUAAUGGACAUGGAUCGAAGUUACUUUCCCUUUUUGUUCUUACAUUGAGACUUAACUUUCUUUUUUACUUUUUUGUUAGUGAACCCCAAGCUAAACAAACCCUUCGUGGCUUAUCCAAUUUCACUGGCCGAAUCUCUCGCUAUCUCUCUAUCCCCGAAACUUAAUUUUAUUUCAACGUAAUAGCAUGCCCGUGUUUUUUUCCUGCAGUGUUUUCUUUUUAUUUUGCUGAAUAUUUUAGUUGGGGAAAAAAAAAUUUUAUUAUAAAUAUGACCGGUAUUUUUUGUUGUUGUUGUUGAAUAUAUUUAUGCGGACAUGGACGUGGAUGUGGAUGUGUGGUCUUCAAAACUGAUGGGAUACGUAGCAGGAUCCCUAUUUACCCUUAGGUUAGAUUUGUCAAUAAAAGGGAAACGUGACUUUGGAGAUUCGUAUUGAGGAGGGAGUGGUAGAUUAGGACCAUCUAUCACUUUGAAAUAGAAUCGUGAUAAGGAUUAUGGCGGUUGUGAUUCCUUUUUACGUUUGCGUAAAUCCAUUUUUUUUAUUUAUUUUUAUUUUUAUUUUAUUUUAAAUUUUAAAACAAAUUUUUUAUUUUUAUUAUUUAGUUUUUAUUUUGUUAUUGUUAUUUUUAUUUUAUUUACUGGAAAUAUCUGGAUGUUUAUUUCCAUUGAUGAUUGAUCUCCAUAAAAGCAUGCAACGCAUUAUUUCUAGCGUUUAAAAUUAAAACUGCAGCGUAGAAAAUUUGCCCAAGAUUGAUUAAGGUUCCGUCCCUUUUUCGAGCGAACCCCGUGGGGUGUAGGGGUGCUGGGCAACUAGGUAGCAGUUACUAGGCACUAGGCUCUAAGUAGAAAGAGGGGAAAAGAGAAAACUUCUUAAGCCGUAUAUACAGUGCCAGAGCAAUAUUAAAGACGUGACCAGACAUAAAAGAUUAUUCUAUAUAAUAUAACCUUCCACUAGAGCUCUCGGCUCCCAUUCGCAGAUGACGUCUUUUCUGCAUUUCAACAAUGCCCUGGAUAAUUUUUUCUUGUCACUUUUUUUUUCUUUACAUUUUUUUUUGUCGGCAAAAAAAAGUUAUUUAGACUUUUUUUUUUUCCUCAAAGUUAUAAUUAUGUAGUUAAGGAGCCGCCUACUUCGGGUAGUAAAAAAUAAUUUCUUUUUCGAACCUCAUCUACGCUAAAAAAAUUCUCAAGACCCACUACAAGCGUCAAAUAUUUUUUUUACUAAUCGGAGUAUAUGUAGAAAAAUAUUUUUAUCAAAAAAAAAAAAAUGUAUUAUUUAUAAGAUAAAAAAAAAGUAUAGGAUUAGAAUCUCCAGAAUCACUUCCCAUCGUUGAUCUGAGCAAAUAGACACAAAUAAAGCGUGAGGAAGUAUAGAAAAGGGUAUAUAGAGUAGUCUAGUAUCCCCUUUGGGUUCUGGUAUCGAUCGAUCCUGAAGCAAUUUCGCGGACAUGUUUCGCAUUGAUCUACCCUCGAAGGUCCCUUAUAUACAUUAAGCCAUCCCUUUCGUUUCUCAUUCUCCCCUUUGCUGGAGGUUUCCCACCUCUAUCCUACUUGUCUGGCAUUCCACCCGUGUACAUUUCACGUACUAGCUCCGGAGUACACUACAAGUGGCACUCCCUAAGUCGUCAUACAUUUUUCCUCCCCAUUAUUCCGCGUCCUGGUCAACACCCGAGGGUGUGGUUCAGUCCUACACCGUUUGUUAAUACGGAGCAGAGCUUAGCUUUAAACCGGCACACACUUUGCUAUAAGUAAACCCAUUAGAGUUUAUGUUUAGAAUUAUCGAAUAGUACUGCGCUAUUCGCAAUAAAAUCCAAUCGAUCCUGUAAUUAUAAUUACUACCGUCUGAGCAAUUGGACUUUUUGUUCUACUGGCAGACUGUAAAUCUCCAGUACUGUCCAGACGGUUAUAUAUAUAACUUAUUACUUUUUUUAUAGACACAAUAAUAAAUUACUUUGAUUACUUUCAUACAAUUUAAUCUCGUGAUUGCAACCAUUUUUUUUUCUGCGCAAGAUUUAAUUUAUUUUUAAAUAAAGUCUUGUUUAUUACUUUUAAAUGAGAAAUUAAUUAUCCGAGUGUUUGGAAAUUAUUUUUUUAAAAUUUAACACUAAAUAUUUAUUUAUUUCCGAUUUCCGGUGGUAAAGAAAAAGACACUAGAGUCCAGUAGAAUGGGAUGGAUCAAUACCAAGCCUUCAUACAUACAUACCCGUUAGAUUUCAUCCUUCUUCUUCAUUCUUCUUGUUCUUCUCUCUUUAUUUAUUUUAUUAUUUUCUUCUAAAAAAAAAAACUUACUCCUAACUUUUAUUGAAAAAAAAAAUUUCCCCCGCAACAGCAAAAGCGAACAAAUAAAAUAACUCGAUCGAUGUACUUUAUACAAUAAAAAAUAAAAGAAAAAAAUAUAAAUAAAUAAAUAAAUAAAUAAAUAAAUAAACAGAAGUAAAAUUAAGGAAUAAAAAGUAAAACAGAGCCAUCCUACAACCGGGCAUGCCCUGAGAGUACGAGAGUAGUAUUGUAGCUUAAAAGAAAUUAGCAAUUAGCUGAAUUAGACGCAAAUAAUCGUAAAAAAAAAAAAAGAAAAAAAAUUGAUGGGCACAUGCU